UGGCCGCUCUCCGCCUGACUAACGGGCGAAUGAAGUGGCGGCCACAACAGCAGAAGAUAUUGUUCUCCGCAGGCCAAUUCUGCGACUGACGUACUGGUUCGAAUUUCUCACUUGACCCUAAUUUUUCAACCAACCUCGCCCCCAGGGACAGGCGACCGGCCAGCGUUUAUCAAUUGUCAUACUAGUUCUAGCUGCUACGAGAGGGGAUUCCUCGUAUUAACCGUCAAGAUGUCGACCACUAUUGAAAAGAUCAAACACAUCGAGGACGAGAUGGCUCGGACUCAAAAAAAUAAAAAUACGUCAUUUCACUUGGGACAAUUGAAGGCUAAGCUUGCAAAGCUAAAGAGAGAACUGUUGACACCAAGCGGUGGUGGUGGUGGCGGCGGUGGUGCCGGUUUCGAUGUUGCCCGUACCGGUGUUGCUAGUGUUGGAUUCAUUGGCUUCCCCUCCGUCGGCAAAAGUACUCUGAUGAGUAGGCUCACAGGCCAACAUUCAGAAGCCGCGGCCUACGAGUUCACAACCUUGACGACCGUGCCCGGACAGGUUAUGUACAACGGUGCUAAGAUCCAGAUUCUUGAUCUUCCUGGUAUUAUUCAAGGUGCCAAGGAUGGUAAGGGUCGUGGACGACAGGUUAUUGCCGUGUCCAAGACUUGCAAUCUGAUUUUCAUCGUUCUCGAUGUCAACAAGCCCUUGGUCGACAAGAAGGUGAUCGAGAAUGAAUUGGAGGGAUUCGGAAUCAGAAUCAACAAGCAGCCUCCCAACAUCGUCUUCAAGAAGAAGGACAAGGGUGGUCUUGCCAUCACCAACACCGUGCCCUUGACACAUAUCGACCACGAUGAAAUCAAGGCUGUCAUGAACGAAUACAAGAUCAACUCCGCGGAUAUCUCCAUUCGGUGCGAUGCUACCAUUGAUGACCUGAUCGACGUCCUCGAAGCCAAGAGCCGAAGCUACAUCCCGGUCGUCUACGCCCUGAACAAGAUCGACUCCAUUUCGAUCGAAGAGCUGGACCUGAUCUACCGUAUACCCAACGCCGUCCCUAUCAGUUCCGAGCACGGCUGGAACGUUGAUGAGCUGUUGGAGACCAUGUGGGAGAAGCUCAACCUCCGAAGAGUCUACACCAAGCCCAAGGGCCGAGCUCCUGAUUAUACAGCUCCUGUUGUGCUCAGAUCCUAUGCAUGCACAGUGGAGGACUUUUGUAAUUCGAUCCACAGAUCCAUCAAGGAGCAGUUCAAGACCGCCAUUGUGUAUGGCCGGUCCGUCAAGCACCAGCCCCAGCGAGUUGGACUUUCGCAUGAGCUCGCAGACGAGGAUAUCGUGUCGAUUAUUAAGCGAUAAGGGUUUUCGGAUGAACCUAAAAACUGACGCCCGCGUGCGUCGCGAAGAAAGCGCCGUGGCGAAUCACGCUCAUGAGGGAGAGUGGUCAGUGUCGAUGAUGCCUUUGUUGGGUAUGCUGUCAAAAAUGUCAAACAAAAUGUUCAACAGGCUCGGCUCUUGGUCUUGUGCGACAGAUCUCCGCGAGAUGCCGCGUAAAAAUUUGAAGAGGGGGUGGGAUGCGCACGGGCUGCAAGCUCCCUAGCGGGCCUGGAUUUGCUCGCUAGGAUAUAGAUGGCUGAAUCAUGGGGUAGCAUAUGGACAUGCUAUUGUGAUAUGACGAUAUUCCAUCGAUUGCAGUUUUUUAAGGGGGGGAGAAAGGAAGAAGUGUGGGCAGGGGUUUUCUUUUUCUUUUUCUUUAACUUGUUCCCUUGGAGUUGGAGAAAGCAGUCCGGUGGGAAGGAGUUCCGAUAUAGGAGCGCAAAAAGGG